CCGAAGUUUCUCCUGUCCGCAGGCCGCGGUCCACGUCCGCAUUUUAUCCUGGCCCCUCACUUCACGUAGUGCGUAGUGGUGUGAAUUUGACUUUGAAAGUAGAUUUUUCACAUUCUCAGUAUGGAUAGAUUGUAUUUUAAAGACAAAAAUGAUUGUUCUAAAGAAAUUACUUCUUAUUCCCAUACCACAUGGAAAGGAAUCAGGCUAUAUGAUGGGGAUUCCAAGACUGAAUAUAGAAGUGAAACUGCCUAUCUUACUCCAUCACGUUUGUACUUCUCGUCUAACGAUAGACCCGCAAUGAAUAUGGUACUAGAUUUGAAAUGUGUUGUUCUUGUAGAAGAAGAAGAAGGCAGUAUAUUAAGAAGUAGUAAAAUUAUACUUCAUCUUCUCCCACACGUCAGUGAACAACAUUCCAAGCCCUAUACAAGAAGCUCAGCAUCAUUUAUUAAACUAGCAUUUUCAAAUGGUGGACUAAGCAAUUUUAAAAUCUGCAUCCAGAAACCUCUUCUAGAAAGAGCUUGGGAAAAACACACUGAGAGCUCUUCUACAUCUCAUUCAGCUCCAAUGGCGUUCAGGUCAGGAAUUGUUGGCAUUGAAAGACGUCUGCAAGAAAAGGUCGAAAAUAAUUCGUCCAGUAUACAGGUUGCAUUUCAAGACAUGAAAAACCUCAUUGACAUGGCUAAAGAUAUGGUUCAACUAGCAAGUGUGAUGUCGAGCAAAAUCAAAGAUCGCCACGGAGACAUCAGUGACGACGAAACAGUAAAAUUUAAAUCAUACUUGUUGAGUCUUGGAAUUGAAGAUCCAGUCACAAGAAAUGCCUGCUCUUCCAGCAAUAUGUUUUGCCAACAUCUAGCCAAAGAAAUAACAACAUUUUUAUUAACGCCAAUCUCGGAUUCUGGUGGCUUUAUGUCUUUAAGCGACGCAUAUUGUCGUGUAAAUCGAGCACGUGGAUUUGAAUUGUUGUCACCGGAAGAUUUUUUUCAGGCGUGUAAUUAUAUGGAACAAUUAAACUUGCCUCUAACUUGCCGUAAGUUUGAAAGCGGUGUGUUAGUACUUCAGCUACAAUCCGAAACAAAUUCGCAACUUGAGAAAGAUACAGAGUCCCUGUUACAGGCUAGGCGAAAGUUGACAGCGUUCGAGGUAUCACAAGAAUUGGGGAUAACUAUUAUAUUAGCUGCUGAAUGUCUUUACACUAUGGAAAGGAAAGGAGUAUUGUGCAGAGAUGAUACAGUUCGCGGCCUCGUGUUCUACCAUAAUGAAUUUUCUAGUCGCACGUAAAUAUAGAGGCGUUUUUCGCGUAACUUAUACUUAAAAAAUUAUUGUGCUGUCAGAUUGUGAACAUAAUGCAAAAUUGGUAGAUAAUGUUACAAAAAUUAUUCUACAUCAUACACAGAUGAUUUUUUUUA